UCCUCUUGCACGCAGGGUUGGUUAGGGGGAGAGUUGUUGCCGCUCUGCUCUGCGCCGAGAGCAAUGCAACCUCGAAGAGCCCCAGCGCCUUCGUCCGGCGCCGGUUCCACCGGCGGUGUGAUUCUCGGUAAGUACAAAUUGGGCCGCCUCCUGGGUCGAGGCAGCUUUGCCAAAGUGUACCACGCUGUCUCUCUCAGCGAUAACACGGCAGUAGCCGUUAAGGUGAUCGAUAAGGCCAAGACUGUCGACGCCGCCAUGGAGCCCCGCAUACUGCGAGAAGUUGCCGCCAUGCGCCGCCUCAGCCGCCACCCCAACAUCCUCCAGAUCCACGAGCUCAUGGCCACCAAAACCAACAUCUACCUCGUCAUGGACCUCGCCCCCGGCGGCGACCUGUCCGCCGCCCUUCGCCGAAGAGGGGGCCGGUUCCCGGAACUCGCCGCCCGCCGCUACUUCCGGCAGCUCGUCUCCGCCGUGCACUUCUGCCACCACCACGGCGUCGCCCACCGCGACAUCAAGCCCCAGAACCUGCUCCUCGACGACGCCGGAGCCCUCAAGGUCACCGACUUCGGCCUCUCUGCCCUCCCCGACCAGAUCCGGCACGGCCUCCUCCACACCGCCUGCGGGACGCCGGCCUUCGCAGCGCCGGAAGUCCUGUCCCGCCACGCCUACGACGGCGCCAAGGCCGACGCUUGGUCCUGCGGCGUCAUCCUCUUCCUCUUCCUCACCGGUCAACUCCCUUUUGACGACUCCAAUAUCGGCGCCAUGUACCAGAAGACUCUCCGCCGAGAUUUCCAGUUUCCUCGAACCAUAUCGAAGCAAGCCAAGUUCAUAAUCUACCACAUGCUCGACCCAAAUCCCAGCACAAGAUUAACCAUCGAGGCGUUGAUGAACCAAUCUUGGUUCGAGAAAUCGUGGCCGCUGGAUCAGGCUUCGCCCAAUUCGCUUCCACAACCAACCAAAGACCGCAAAUUUACAGCCACCGAGAUGAACGCCUUUGACAUAAUAUCAAUGUCAGCGGGGUUGGACUUGUCGGGGCUUUUCGAAAACGGCAAGAGAGAAAGGAGAUUCACGGCUGAGGCGCCGGCGGAGGAGGUGGAGGAGAGGGUGGCGGAGGUUGGAGGGAAGUUGGGGUACAGAGUGGAGAGAAAGAAGGGAAUGGGUAUGGGGUUAGUGAAGGGGAGGACGGCUCUAGUGGCGGAGAUUUUGGCAGUGGCGGAGAAGGUGGUGGUGGUGGUGGUGAAGGCGGAGGACGGCGGUGGUUGGGACUUUGAGGAGUUCCAUUGGGAUGAUUUGAAGGUGGGGCUUGAGGGCGUAGCGCUUUCUUGGCCUAAUGAUGUGUGUUGAACGAAGAGUAGUUUUUGAUGGUUGGGGUUUCAUCAUGGCGGUGGGCUUGUAUAGUUGCAGUUGGUGACAAUGUGUUCUUUCAGCUUUGUUCUUGUAAAUCAGAGAGAGUUUUAUUGAAGUAUUCCAUAAUCUAUAUAUUAUAGAGUUGUUGUUCAA